AUGUAUACCACACCACGCCGACCCCGCGCAUCGCGAGCCUCGCGGGGACGUGGAACACCCUCCACACCAGCCCGGGAGCCUGGACGGUUCGUGGAAGGUCAGUGGCUAUGUGACUGUAACCCGCGGCUCCCGGCUCUCUAUCUUCAGGUCAAGAAAGAGUCGGCCAAUAAGGGCAAGUGGUUUUACACCUGCCAGGGCCGCAAAUGUAAAUUCUUCUUGUGGGCGGAUGAGGCCAAGGCCCGGGAGAGGGGUGCGGUGCUGAACAACUCCCGCUCCGAGUCCUCGCAGUCCAAUAUCACGACGCAUAUCCGCUCGCGGGACGAGGGUGCACCGCCGGAGCCCCCGAGCAGCCCUACCCCCCAGCGCCGGCCGAGCAUCUUCCAGGGCCUGCCGAGGAAUGAUGCUGAUCUGUUCGAUCUGAGUGAUACCGACGAGGAGAUGGAGCUCGCCAGUCUCGCGGACAAGACUCCCGAGCAGCUCCAGGUCCGGGCGGCGGGCACGCCGUUCUCGCAGUCGCAGCAGGCCUCUGGCGCCUCGAGCCACACCAUCGGGCGCUCUCAGCAGGCCAGCAUGACUGCACCAGCCACGCCGACGCCGAAGCGCAAGCGGGGCCUGUUCGUCGACAGCGACGAGGAGGAUGAGUUCGGCGAGGCGUUCGACUCGGACACGGAGCGCCAGCUCGCCCAGCUCACGGACGAGAGCGCCCGCAAGUCGGCGGCAGAGCGUGCGUCGUCGGCCCAGAAGAGCGCACACCUGACGACUCCGUCAGCGGGCCGCGCCGUCGAUGUCUAUGCAGCCGGCGGGCUGCCCACGCCGGUCAGUCGGCAUACUGGGCCGCCGGGCAGGAACAGCUUGCUCAUUGCGCAGGAGGAGCGGGACCGCGACGCGAAGCGGCACAAGAAGGUCGAGUUUGCGCCCACGCCGGAGAACCUGCGGUCGCCAGAGUCGUCGCCGGCAGCGGCGGACUCAGCUUUGCCUGUCCGUAGCCCCACGAAUGCACAAAUAGAGCUGGAGAAACCAGCAGGGUCAGCCGCAGAAUACGAUAUCACCGAGCCGGUCAUGGCACUGCUUAAGGACCAGCCCAUUAACCAGGCCACGCGGCGCGGUGUUAAGGAAGCCUUGGAGAAGAACGCCCUAAAGAUACGUGGACUCAUUAAGGGGCGGGAUGUCGCUCGCUCAGCAUUAGAAAGCCGGGACACUAGAAUUGCCGAGCUGUCAGCCCGGGUGGCCGCGCUCGAGAACGGACGAAGACUGGACAGGGAGCGGCUGAAAGAGUUGACUAGAGGACUUACGCAAUUGUCUCAGGAGGAUGAUUGA